AUCCUUCUUUCUCUCUCUCAUAGAAAAGCAAGAAACUUCAAAAAUAAAAGCUUCAGCUUUUAUCCCUGGUAAUUUUUUUUCUCCUUUUUCAAAUACAAAAGAUAAGCCAUAUCUUCCUCCUCUCACCAACCAACAAAAUCAAUCAAAGCAGGCAACUAUUUUUUUUGGUUUUUAUUUUUUGCCAAAGACUUCUUGCCAAACCCUAACUUUUUUUCCAAAGAAACUUAAAGAAUCAAGAAAUGAGCAGCCUCGAGGAAUCCCUAAGAUCUCUGUCCUUAGAUUACCUAAACCUACUUAUCAACGGUCAAGCUUUCUCCGACGUAACCUUCAGCGUCGAAGGUCGUCUAGUCCACGCUCACCGUUGCAUCCUCGCCGCUAGGAGUCUUUUCUUCCGAAAAUUCUUCUGUGGGACCGACUCACCACAACCCGGCACAGGCAUAGACCCGACCCGACACGGAUCAGUACCCGCUAGCCCAACAAGAGGCUCCCAGGCCCCAGCUGGAGUCAUACCAGUGAACUCAGUCGGGUACGAGGUGUUUCUGUUGCUGCUUCAGUUUCUUUAUAGCGGACAAGUCUCGAUCGUGCCGCAGAAACACGAACCGAGACCUAACUGUGGAGAGAGAGGAUGUUGGCACACUCACUGCUCAGCCGCCGUCGAUCUUGCUCUUGAUACUCUCGCCGCCUCUCGUUACUUCGGCGUCGAGCAGCUUGCAUUGCUCACACAGAAACAACUAGUAAGCAUGGUGGAGAAAGCCUCAAUAGAAGAUGUGAUGAAAGUCUUAAUAGCAUCAAGGAAGCAAGACAUGCAUCAUUUAUGGACCACUUGCUCUCACUUAGUAGCCAAGUCUGGUCUCCCUCCGGAGAUUCUAGCCAAACAUCUAACCAUAGAUGUUGUUGCCAAGAUUGAAGAGCUUCGUCUCAAAUCUUCAAUAGCUCGACGUUCUCUAAUGCCACAUCAUCACCACCAUGAUCUAACCGUUGCUCAAGACCUCGAAGAUCAAAAAAUUAGAAGGAUGAGACGAGCUUUAGACUCAUCAGACGUGGAGUUAGUGAAGCUAAUGGUUAUGGGAGAAGGACUCAAUCUUGAUGAGUCGCUGGCAUUGCAUUACGCUGUUGAAAGCUGUAGUAGAGAAGUAGUGAAGGCUUUGCUUGAACUUGGUGCAGCCGAUGUGAAUUACCCGGCAGGUCCCGCGGGGAAAACACCGUUGCACAUCGCGGCUGAAAUGGUCUCUCCGGACAUGGUGGCUGUUCUGUUAGACCACCAUGCAGAUCCAAAUGUAAGGACGGUCGGUGGAAUCACUCCUCUUGAUAUCCUUAGGACGUUGACUUCGGAUUUCUUGUUCAAAGGGGCAGUUCCUGGAUUGACUCACAUUGAACCUAACAAGCUUAGGCUUUGCCUUGAGCUUGUUCAAUCCGCUGCAAUGGUGAUAUCUCGAGAAGAAGGUAACAAUAGCAACAAUAAUGAUCACAACAAUGCCAUUUACCCUCAGAUGAACGAUGAGCGCAAUAGUGGAAGUAGUGGAGGAAGUAAUAACAAUUUGGAUUCAAGAUUUGUGUAUCUCAAUCUUGGAGCGGGUCAGAUGGGUCCGGGUAGGGAUCAUGGAGACGACCAUAACAGUCAGAGGGAAGGUAUGAGUCGGCAUCAUCAUGACCCAUCUACUAUGUAUCAUCACCAUCAUCAACAUCACUUCUAGUUCUCUUUUAAUCUCUCUAUCUCGACCAAUAAGACUGGAAAUAUAUUUAUUAAUUUAGUUUUAUGUCUUCUAUAUAUAUUUUUUAUAUGGAAAUUGAGGACAUACGAAGAAGAGUUGCAUGAAGGAAUUUGAGUUCAUGCAUUAUAUAAUUAAAAGACUUAGGUUUGUUUAAUCUAGUUCUCUAGAGUUGUAUUGAUUAGUCAUUUGAUUAAUUUUGUCAUCAGUUAAUUCCUUAUCUUUCUACCCUAAUAUCUUGCUAUUUCCAAGUCUUUUUGUGUACCAAUUAAGAAAUUUUAUUGGAGACACUUCAAAUUUAUUUAACAAUUAACAUAGUUAUUAGUACCAAAGAUGUUCAGUCUGGUUAAAAAAAUUGUCAGAAAGGUAAUCCUAUCGCGACAAUAAUUUCACACUAUUUUGUUUUAUCCUUGAUUCGAGAACUGUCUUUUAAUUGAAGUUCUUGUAUGUAUUUUCAUCAGCAAUGUCUUAUCGAGUAUAACCAUAUUAUAUAUACACAACAUCAUUCUUUUUUUCAUCCAUUUGAAAAGUUCAGAUAGUUUCUAUAUAUAUAUGUUGUGUGGCUGCUAUCCAUCGACGUAUGGAAUUCGCAAUUUCCACAUGGACUAUCGCUUGUAUAUCAUCACUUAUUUAUUAUUUCGGACGUAUUAUUCAUAACACAAACAAAUAAAAUCAUGUGAAUUGAUUGGGAGACUUAGAAUGGAAGCAAUCAGUUUUUCAUCUCUAAUAACAAAUUUGAGACAUCAUAUCCUUUGUUGUGUAAAGAUUAGCACAAUGGGAUUGGGACAUUACAUGACAAAACACCUUUGAUCAUAUUAAAACAUCCAGACGCAUGGGCAUAUAUAUAGAUAUACAUGUGAAGGAAAAA